AGCUCCAUCAACUGCGACACUCUCAAAUAACGAUCCUAUAAAAGUCAAUAAACAAGAAAACUUCAAAUAAACCGUUGAAGCAGAGAAAAUUUCGGACAAUCGAGAAAAAAAGAAAAAGACUGAAAAUUCAUUUGUUGUAAAUGCAUAUACAUGCAACAAGAACAGGAGAAGUUUUUUUUUUAAAUAAGUUUUUGGAUUUUGGUUAUAAUUUAAAGAGAAGAAGAUGAUAGGAUGGAUAAAACAGUUGAGAAGAUCUUUUGGUGCUUCGUUUCUAUGGCUCAUUUGCUUGAUUUACUUCACUCAGGGUUUCAGAUCCUUUGUAUGGACAGCCGUUUCCUACCACCUAAAAGACAGGCUUAAGUUGUCACCCUCAGCCUCCCAGUUUGUGUCUUCAGUAGCAUUCUUUCCAUGGAGCAUUAAGCCAUUAUAUGGAAUUGUCUCCGAUUGCAUUCCCAUUAAGGGAAGAAAAAGAAUACCAUACCUAGUAAUUGCAACUGUGCUCUCUCUAGUACCAUGGCCUGUUCUGGGCUUAAAGUCAACCUUAAGAAGUUCCAGAUGGCACCUCAUAAUAUUAUUGACGGUGCAAAACUUGGGCUCUGCUAUGGCAGAUGUCGUGGUAGAUGCAAUGAUUGCUGAGGCAGUGCGGUUUGAGCGGGCCUCAUUUGCAGGGGAUCUCCAAUCAAUAUCUUGGUUAUCCAUGGCUGUGGGUGGAGUAUGUGGCAGUUUAUUUGGAGGAUAUGCAUUAACCAGUUUACAGAUUGAUACUAUUUUCCUUCUUUUUUCUGUAUUGCCGGCAAUUCAGUUAUUAUCGUGUGGUUUUGUUGAGGAAAAUUCUGUAGGCAGUAAAGUUUUGCCUGAGUUUGCAAGUUCUACAAGCAGCUCCCAUCUUGAGAAUGGAAAUGGUGUUCUUCUGGAUGAAGAUAGUUUCUUAGCAAAGAAGUCAAAUAGAAGUACUUCAAGAAGAAAGAGGAGCCAAAAGAAUAACAUAAAGAGGAUAGAUAUUAGUUCUAACUCACAUAAUCUUGAGAAGGGAAAUUCCUUAGCAUUGGGUUGGCUGCAUUCUUUGAAAGCGGCCAGUUACAGUUUGUUACAUGCUUUUAGGCAGCCAAUUAUUUUGAGACCAAUGGCUUGGUUUUUCCUAGCACAUGUGACUAUGCCAAACCUCUCAACAGUUAUGUUCUAUUACCAAACCGAGGCCUUGAACUUGGACGCAUCUUUUCUGGGGACUGCCCGUGUUGUUGGAUGGUUAGGACUCAUGCUUGGGACCUUCACUUACAAUCACCAGUUGAAGAGAAUGAAGCUGCGGAAGAUUCUCUUGUGUGCUCAAAUUGGGCUGUCUCUCAUGAGCCUCCUAGAUAUGGUCUUAGUGUCUCGAAUGAGUCUUGCCUAUGGAAUUUCAGAUAAGAUCAUGGUCCUUUGUGGGUCUGCCCUUGCUGAUGCAAUCAAUCAAUUCAAGUUCAUGCCAUUCCUUAUUUUAUCUGGACAGUUAUGCCCUCCUGGAAUUGAAGGAACUCUGUUUGCCCUCUUUAUGUCGAUUAACAACUUGGGUUCCACUCUGGGAUCAUUCACUGGUGCAGGACUAGCUUCAUUCCUGAACCUCUCAUCAGGUUCAUUUGACAACCUUGUUUUGGGCAUUGCUAUCCAAGUUCUUUGCACUUACAUUCCAGUUGCCUUACUAUUCCUGAUACCAAAAGAAGCUACAGGGAUAUCAGCAUAGUCAGGGAUUCAUCCUCAAAAUAGAAUGCAGUUAUUUAGCAGUAGAAAAAUGAGAUAAAUCUUUUCGCUGAUAUUUUUUUGUCACUGUCGAUUAGCGGGUGAAAUAUACAAUUAUAGAGCUACUCUGAUUUGUAAUUCUCAGUUUAGAUCUUUGAGUACAGUGAUAUACAAUGUAUAAGACCUUGUAGAACCAAUCUAACUAUACUGGUUCAUUUUGAAAUACAAAUUUUGUUUACUGUCA